AUGGCCUACACCUCCUCCCUCCACCUCCCCAAGCACCUCCUCUUCCCCAGCUCCCGCCGGACAAGGCACAGGCCCUCCUCCUUCAUCCCCGUCUCCGCGGCUGCCAAGAUCAACGGCGGCGUGAACGGCCAUCACGCGCCCGAGAAGCCGGCGGCGCCCAACGGCAAGGCACCACAACACAUCAACGGCCGCGGGAAGAAGAAGGGCGUCAAUGGGCACGUCAACGGGCAGGGCGGCAAGAAGGGCGUCAACGGGCACGUCAACGGGCAUACAGAUCGGAUCCACCUCUCGGUGAGCACGGGCGGCGGGGGCGGGGGCCGCCAGGACGGCUCGGGCCUCCGCGUGGCGUUCCAGGGCGCGCCGGGCGCGUACAGCGAGUUCGCGGCCAAGACGGCGCUGCCCGGGUGCGAGACGGUCCCGUGCCGCGCGUUCGCAGACGCGCUGGCGGCCGUGGAGCGCGGCGCCGCCGACCGCGCCGUCCUCCCCGUGGAGUCCACCAUGGAGGGCACCGCGCUGCGCAACUACGACCUGCUCCUCCGCCACGGCCUGGUGGUGGUACAGGAGAUCAACCUCUUCGUGCACUACUGCCUGCUCGCCAUGCCCGGGGUGCGCGCCGCCGAGGUGCGCCGCGUCAUCAGCCACCCGAUGGCUCUGGCGCACUGCGGCCGCGCGCUGGCCCGGCUCGGGGUGGACCCGGAGCCCGUGGAGGACACGGCGGGCGCCGUCGAGAUGCUGCGCUCCAACCGGAUGCUCGACACCGCCGCCAUCGCCAGCACGCGCGCCGCCGACCUGUACGGCCUCGACGUCCUCGCGCACGGGCUCCAGGACGAGUCCUGGAACGUCACGCGCUUCCUGCUCCUCUCCAGGCCGUCGCCCGUCGCCGGCCUGCCCGUGGACGCCGCCGCCGCGGGCGCCAAGACCAGCAUGGUGGUCGCGUACCGCGGCGGCUCCAUGAUGAUGGUGCUCAAGGUGCUCUCCGCCUUCUCCUCGCGCAACAUCAACCUCACCAAGCUGGAGGUCAUCAACAACGACGGCGCCGCGGCUGCCGACACUGGAUCUGGCGCCCGCCCGCCCGUGAUGAUCCUGGACACGAGCGCCCGGGGCGCGCCGACGCUGCGCGCGUUCCCGCACGUCCUGUACGUGGACUGCGAGGGGGCCGCGCACGACCCGCGCGUCCGCGAGGCCAUCCAGGAGAUCGAGACGUUCGCCGUCUUCGUGCGCGUGCUUGGCUGCUACGCCGCCGACACCACCGUCUACGACCUGCAGUGA